AAAUGUUCAUUCUUCUCUUUAAAUGGUUCCUGGAACCUUCCUAUAGUGCCAAAUUAUAGAAUUCCUUGACCCUAAAUUUCCCUCAUAAUUUUCCAAAGAUAAAUAGUAGUCUACAGCCGCCUAACACAAUCUUUAGUCUUCAAAACAUCCACCAAGAAACUCCCCUCCCUGUAGACCCUUCGUAGAUCAGCAGAAGAAAAUAAAUUAAGAGAGCCAUGGUUUUAGCCUCCCAAAGUAAUGAGCUACCGUUGAAUGAGAAUGACUCGCAAGACAUGGUUAUAUUCCAUGUCCUGAACGAAGCCAUGUCGCUCAAUAGCUCCUUUGUGCCCCAAAGACACCAAAUGGGGAAUACGUCGAACAGCCUCGAGCCUGCCCGGAACAUUGCCAAGAAACACUACAGGGGCGUGAGGCGUCGGCCGUGGGGGAAGUACGCGGCUGAGAUUCGUGACUCGUCGCGACAUGGUGCGCGUAUAUGGCUAGGCACGUUCACGACCGCUGAAGAGGCUGCCUUGGCUUAUGAUCGGGCUGCUUUUAGGAUGCGUGGCGCCAAGGCCCUUCUUAACUUUCCAGCCGAAGUGGUGGCUGCAUCUGCCACCUUGCAAAGAUUUCAUCCGAAUCCCGGCCAGGGAAUCAGCUUAAAUAGGCAAAAUUCAGAGUCAAGUGGCAGCACUAGCUCGCAUUCCAUGGGAACUUCACGUAUAGAAUCUGAAAGUAGCUGUAGCACCGGCGGGGAGGCACAAGAUCAAAUCCGGGUAGAGUACAACCCAGAAAUAUAAUUAUAGGUUUCUAAAAAAAGAUAGGAUUUUGGUCAUUUAUGUUACAAUGAUAGAGUCGUGUGAAGGUUAGUUCUUGGUUUUCAUGUCAGUUCUCUCGCUUUUUGUUGUCUUUUGACGAAUCCUUGCCUGUGUAUAUGCCCAGUUACAGGGUUUGUCUUCCCCUGUUGCUUUGCAAAGUAACAAAUGCUCGAAAUGUACUCUAAAAGUCAUCUCUUAUUGUUUACCGUACUGUAAUAGGAAGGCCGCAAGGCCACAGAAAUGCAGAUUGAUCGUCAAAAA